AUGUCAGGGAAAGGUGGUCAUGAUCUCUUUGUCUAUGGCAGUCUCCAGGAGCCCCAAGUCCUUUACGUGCUUCUUAAUCGUGUCCCUGACCAUGUCUCCGCUGUACUCUCCGGCUUUCACAGGUUUAGACUCAAAGGCCGUGUUUAUCCAACGAUUCUACCGGACGGAACCAGAGAAGUCACCGGAAAGGUGCUAAAGGGAAUAACAGAUGAUGAACUGAAGUUGUUAGAUGAGUUUGAGGAUGUUGAAUAUGAUAGAAACACUGUUGAAGUGGUGCUGAAGGAUAAUUCAGAGAAGCUGCAAGUCGACACAUAUGUUUGGAGGAACAAAGAUGAUCCGGAUCUUUAUGGAGAAUGGGAUUUUGAGGAAUGGAAACUACAUGACAAGGAAGAUUUCGUAACCGCGACCAAGAAAUUUGUGGAAGGGAAGAGAUUACCAGAAGCAAAGACGAGGAUCGACACAUUCAAAACAUUCUUUAAGCAAGAUAUUGAGAAUGGGAAGACUCUGGAUUCUUGA